AUGGCCGCCGCCCCCACCCAUCCCGCGGGGCUCCCGGGCUCUCCCCGACCUGGAUCUCCGUCACCCACCGGCCCCAGCUCGGAGCUCCAAUCGCCGUCACCGCUACUGCCCCAGGUCCUAGCCCCGGGCCCUGGGGUCUCCUUUCACAUCCAGAUCGGGUUGACGCGCGAGUUCGUGCUGCUGCCCGCCGCCUCGGAGCUGGCCCAUGUGAAGCAGCUGGCGUGCUCCAUCGUGGACCAGAAGUUCCCUGAGUGUGGCUUCUAUGGGCUUUAUGACAAGAUUCUGCUCUUCAAACAUGACCCCACAUCGGCCAAUCUCCUGCAGUUGGUGCGCUCUGCCGGCGACAUCCAGGAAGGCGAUCUGGUGGAGGUGGUGCUGUCUGCCUCGGCCACCUUCGAGGACUUCCAGAUCCGCCCGCACGCCCUCACCGUGCACUCGUACCGAGCCCCGGCUUUCUGCGACCACUGCGGGGAGAUGCUUUUCGGCCUAGUACGCCAAGGUCUCAAAUGCGAUGGCUGCGGGCUGAACUACCACAAGCGCUGUGCCUUCAGCAUCCCCAACAACUGCAGUGGAGCUCGCAAGCGGCGUCUGUCCUCCACGUCUCUAGCCAGUGGCCAUUCAGUGCGCCUGGGCACCUCUGAGUCCUUGCCCUGCAUGGCUGAUGAGCUGAGCCGCAGCACCACUGAACUUUUGCCCCGCCGUCCCCCCUCGUCCUCCUCCUCAUCUUCUGCUUCAUCCUAUACGGGCCGCCCAAUCGAGCUGGACAAGAUGCUGCUCUCCAAGGUCAAGGUGCCCCACACCUUCCUCAUCCACAGUUACACACGGCCCACUGUCUGCCAGGCCUGCAAGAAACUCCUCAAGGGCCUCUUCCGCCAGGGCCUGCAGUGCAAAGAUUGCAAAUUUAAUUGUCACAAACGCUGUGCCACCCGUGUCCCUAAUGACUGUCUGGGGGAAGCACUUAUCAAUGGAGAUGUGUCGAUGGAGGAGGUGACUGAUUACAGCGAGGCCGACAAGAGUGUCCUUAUGGAUGAUUCCGAUGACUCGGGCAUCAUCCCAGGCUCCCACUCGGAAAAUGCCCUCCACACCAGUGAGGAGGAGGAAGGCGAGGGAGACAAGUCGCAGAGCUCCCUGGGGUACAUCCCCCUGAUGAGGGUUGUACAGUCGGUGAGACAUACAACGCGGAAAUCCAGCACCACGCUGCGUGAAGGUUGGGUGGUUCAUUACAGCAACAAGGACACGCUGAGGAAACGGCACUACUGGCGGCUGGACUCUAAGUGUAUUACACUCUUCCAGAACAACACGACCAACCGUUACUACAAGGAGAUUCCGCUGUCCGAAAUCCUCGCCAUGGAGCCCGCCCAGAAUUUUAGCCUUGUGCCACCGGGCACCAACCCACACUGCUUCGAGAUCAUCACUGCCAAUGUUACCUACUUUGUGGGCGAGACACCUGGCGGGGCUCCAGGGGGGCCAAGCGGGCAAGGAGCUGAGGCAGCCCGGAGCUGGGAGAUGGCCAUCCGCCAGGCCCUGAUGCCCAUCAUCCUUCAGGAUGGACCCAGCACCUCGGGUCACACGCCCCACAGACAAGCUUCUCUGAGUAUAUCUGUGUCCAACAGUGAGAUCCAAGAGAAUGUGGACAUCGCCACUGUCUACCAGAUCUUCCCGGAUGAGGUGCUGGGCUCUGGGCAGUUUGGAGUGGUUUACGGAGGAAAACACCGGAAGACAGGCCGAGAUGUGGCAGUAAAGGUCAUCGACAAACUGCGCUUCCCCACCAAGCAGGAGAGCCAGCUCCGGAAUGAGGUCGCCAUUCUGCAGAGCCUGAGGCACCCUGGAAUCGUCAAUCUGGAAUGCAUGUUCGAGACGCCUGAGAAGGUGUUCGUGGUCAUGGAAAAGCUACACGGGGACAUGUUGGAGAUGAUCCUGUCCAGCGAAAAGGGACGACUGCCUGAGCGCCUCACCAAGUUCCUCAUCACGCAGAUCUUGGUGGCUUUGCGACACCUUCACUUCAAGAACAUCGUCCAUUGUGACUUGAAACCAGAAAACGUGUUGCUGGCAUCAGCUGACCCGUUUCCCCAGGUGAAACUGUGUGACUUCGGCUUUGCGCGCAUCAUCGGAGAGAAGUCAUUCAGGCGCUCAGUGGUGGGCACACCUGCCUACCUGGCUCCCGAGGUACUGCUCAACCAGGGCUACAACCGUUCGCUGGACAUGUGGUCAGUGGGCGUGAUCAUGUACGUCAGCCUCAGUGGCACGUUCCCCUUCAAUGAGGAUGAGGACAUCAAUGACCAGAUCCAGAAUGCAGCCUUUAUGUACCCGCCCAGCCCCUGGAGCCACAUCUCCAAGGGAGCUAUUGACCUCAUCAACAACCUGCUACAGGUGAAGAUGCGCAAGCGUUACAGUGUGGACAAGUCUCUCAGCCACCCCUGGUUACAGGAAUACCAGACGUGGCUGGACCUCCGAGAACUGGAGGGGAAGAUGGGCGAGCGGUACAUCACACAUGAGAGCGAUGACGCCCGCUGGGAGCAGUUCAUUACUGAGCACCCGCUGCCCACCGAUGUGGAGCUUAGUGGGGUCCUCCCGUCACAGGACUUUGAGAUGCAGGGGCUGGCUGAGCGCGUCAGUGUCCUCUGA